AUGGAACAGCAAAAUAAUGUUGCAGCUUUAAAUGAUAGUGCUGGUGUUUUACCAAUGGAUACAGGUGCAAUAACUAAUGGCAAUCAUGAUGAAGGUGACAAUAGUCCAUCAGGAGUAGGUAUUGCUAAUGGAAAGAAAGGUCGUGGUCGUCCACCAAAAUCUACUAGUUCACCAAAAGUUGUCAAGAAAGUAGAUGCGCCAACAAAUGGUCGUGGUCGUGGUCGACCACCAAAAGCAGUUGAAACAUCACCAGCGAAAAAAGUAGUUGUACCACAACAAGAAGAAGAAGAAGAAGUCGAAACUAACGGUGAUGCAAAUAAAAAAAAGCGUGGUAGACCAUCAAAAAUUGAUACACCCGAUGAACAAACAAAUGGAAUAAAGAAACCACAAGUUCAAGCAGCUCCAGUUGCCAUUCCUCAAGAACAAGAUAGUGGUGAUGAAUUAACGAAAAGAAAACGUGGACGACCAUCAGCAGGAGCAACACCAAAAAAAGUUGUAGUAGUCUCACCACCACCAUCAAAACCAACAGAAGAUUUAUCAGCUAGAAAACGUGGUCGACCAUCAGGAUCUGGUGUAAAAAAGGCAGCACCAAAACCUAAGAUAUCAUUAGCCAAUGAUGAUGGUUCAGCCAAAAAACAACGAGGUCGACCAAAAAAACCAUCUACAACACCAGCAGUAGUGGCAACAUCUGCUAAUGAAACAGCUACUGUUACAUCAAAUAACGGUCAAUAA